CCUUGGUAGGAGAGACACCCCCAGUCUGUCCUCGAUGCCGUCAGCCUUGGCCAUCUUCACUUGCCGCCCGAACUCGCACCCAUUUCAGGAGCGCCAUGUCUACCUGGACGAGCCCAUUAAAAUCGGCCGCUCCGUGGCCCGCUGUCGACCAGCGCAGAAUAAUGCUACCUUUGAUUGCAAAGUGCUGUCAAGGAACCAUGCUCUCGUUUGGUUUGAUCACAAGACGGGCAAGUUUUAUCUCCAAGACACUAAAAGUAGUAACGGUACCUUUAUAAAUAGCCAGAGAUUGAGUCGAGGCUCUGAAGAAAGUCCACCAUGUGAAAUUCUUUCUGGUGACAUUAUCCAGUUUGGGGUAGAUGUAACGGAGAACACACGGAAAGGUACGGUUACCCAUGGGUGUAUUGUUUCCACAAUAAAACUUUUUCUACCAGAUGGUAUGGAAGCCCGACUCCGCUCAGAUGUCAUCCACGCUCCAUUGCCAAGUCCUGUUGACAAAGUUGCUGCUAACACUCCAAGUAUGUACUCUCAGGAACUAUUCCAGCUUUCCCAGUAUCUACAGGAGGCCUUACAUCGGGAACAGAUGUUGGAACAGAAGUUAGCCACACUUCAGCGGCUACUAGCCAUCACCCAAGAGGCUUCAGAUACCAGUUGGCAGGCUUUAAUAGAUGAAGAUAGACUCUUAUCACGGUUAGAAGUUAUGGGAAACCAAUUACAGGCAUGCUCCAAAAAUCAAACAGAAGAUAGUUUACGGAAGGAACUUGUAGCAUUACAGGAGGAUAAACACAACUACGAGACGACAGCCAAAGAGUCCCUGAGGCGGGUUCUUCAGGAGAAAAUUGAAGUGGUUAGAAAACUUUCAGAAGUUGAGCGAAGUCUGAGUAAUACUGAAGAUGAAUGUACCCAUCUUAAAGAAAUGAAUGAACGGACUCAGGAAGAAUUAAGAGAAUUAGCCAAUAAAUAUAAUGGAGCAGUUAAUGAGAUUAAAGAUUUAUCUGAUAAAUUAAAGGUAGCAGAGGGAAAACAAGAAGAAAUCCAACAGAAGGGACAAGCUGAGAAAAAAGAAUUACAACAUAAAAUAGAUGAAAUGGAAGAAAAAGAACAGGAGCUCCAGGCAAAAAUAGAAGCUUUGCAAGCUGAUAAUGACUUCACCAAUGAAAGGCUAACAGCUUUACAAGUACGGUUAGAACAUCUUCAGGAGAAAACUCUUAAAGAAUGCAGCAGUUUAGGGAUACAAGUUGAUGACUUCUUACCUAAAAUAAAUGGGAGCACAGAAAAAGAGCACUUGCUUUCAAAGAGUGGCGGGGACUGCACUUUUAUUCAUCAAUUCAUAGAAUGCCAGAAGAAGCUGAUCGUCGAGGGGCAUCUAACCAAAGUGGUAGAAGAAACAAAGCUUUCAAAAGAAAACCAGGCAAGAGCAAAAGAAUCUGAUUUGUCAGAUACUCUGAGUCCAAGCAAGGAAAAGAGUAGUGACGACACUACAGACGCCCAAAUGGAUGAGCAAGACCUAAAUGAACCUCUUGCUAAAGUGUCCCUAUUAAAAGAUGACUUGCAGGGUGCACAGUCAGAAAUUGAGGCAAAACAAGAAAUUCAGCAUCUUCGCAAGGAAUUGAUUGAAGCCCAGGAACUAGCUAGAGCAAGUAAACAAAAAUGCUUUGAACUUCAAGCUCUUUUGGAAGAAGAAAGAAAAGCCUAUCGAAAUCAAGUUGAGGAAUCCAGUAAACAAAUACAGGUUCUUCAAGCCCAACUACAGAGGUUACACAUCAAUAUUGAGAAUCUCCGGGAGGAGAAGGACAGUGAAAUCACAAGCACUCGAGAUGAACUGCUUAGUGCCCGAGAUGAAAUUUUGCUCCUUCAUCAAGCAGCAGAAAAGGCUGCUUCUGAGCGGGACACUGACAUUGCCUCGUUACAAGAAGAGCUUAAGAAGGUGCGAGCUGAGCUUGAGCGGUGGCGGAAAGCAGCGUCUGAAUAUGAGAAAGAAAUCACGAGUCUGCAAAAUAGUUUUCAGCUUCGAUGUCAGCAGUGUGAGGAUCAGCAGAGAGAGGAAGCAACAAGGCUACAAAGUGAACUAGAGAAGUUGAGAAAGGAAUGGAAUGUAUUGGAAACCGAAUGCCAUUCUCUAAAAAAGGAAAAUGUUUUGUUAUCAUCAGAACUGCAGCGGCAAGAAAAAGAAUUGCACAAUUCUCAGAAGCAGAGUUUAGAGCUUACCAGUGAUCUCAGCAUCCUUCAGAUGACUAGAAAACAGCUUGAGAAUCAAGUGGGAUCCUUGAAAGAACAGCAUCUUCGGGAUUCAGCUGAUUUAAAAACUCUUCUCAGUAAGGCUGAAAACCAAGCAAAGGAUGUACAGAAAGAGUAUGAAAAGACACAGACUGUACUCUCAGAACUGAAGUUGAAGUUUGAAAUGACUGAGCAGGAAAAACAAUCAAUCACAGAUGAGCUCAAACAAUGUAAAGACAACCUGAAGCUGCUCCGAGAGAAAGGAAAUAAUCCUUCCAUAUUACAACCCGUCCCAGCCGUAUUCAUCGGCCUAUUCCUGGCUUUCCUGUUUUGGUGUUUCGGUCCAUUGUGGUAGAGAAAGAAACCCUGGCCCUGGAUGCCCAUGUUGGCUGCCCUGGUUGCGGUGACAGCCAUCGUGCUGUACGUGCCAGGUCUGGCCAGAGCUUCUCCAUGAGAGCGUUUCUUGAGUCCGUACACCGUCCUCCCUUUAGAAGCUGGCAUCACACUCAUGCUGGGGACAAACAGAACCAUUUUCUUCCUUUUUACCUCUUAAGACAGCAGAAGUGCAAGAAUACAGCUGUAGGGUCAUUGCUUUAAAUUAUAUAAAAUGUAUCUAUCUAUAAAGAGGAUAUAAAAUUGUGACUUUAUUCUACUGUAAGCAAUAAUUUGCUUGCAAUUUUUCAUGUAAUUUUUAAAUUAGUAUGUUGAGAUUCUGAAUAUUAUGGUGGCCUAAAGUAGGCUUCUUGGUACACCAAAUUAUUUAUAACAUUAAAUUUAUGGGUAUUUUACUCUGAAUUCUAAUGGCCAGAUAAUUCAUUUUUCUGAUUCGAUAACUGCCCAAACCAAACAACCAAUACAUACAUGGGAAGAGAGGCCCUGUGUGCUCAGUGCCUAUCAGUUUGAAAUAUAUACACAUAUAUAUAUAUUUUUUACAUAUUUACGCCAUUUUUACUUGUUAUAAAACCACUGAGCUAUUGGGAACAAGACUUAGAGACAACUAUUUGCGUGGAUUUUUCUUUCUUUCUUUCUUUCUUUCUUUCUUUCUUUCUUUCUUUCUUUCUUUCUUUCUUUCUUUUUAAGGAGAAAUACACUUGGAAAAUAUUCUGUUCUAGUGAUAAUUUGGGGAAUAUGUGCACGCUUGUUCAGCCUUAAUGUGACUUGACGAUGUGGAGGACAUCAACUUUGAAAAACUUUCCAUGAGAGUGCGUAUUUUCUUGAGCAAACUGAAGUAUUUCUGGGAGCAAAAACAGUAAAUCUACAAUUUCAGUGCAGUAAACCAAACUGUUGAGUCAAUUGGAAUGUAAUUUAUUAAACCUCAUGUAUUUAAAGAGAUAUUUUCUUUAAAAGCCAAGUUACUUUCUCAUAUACAGCAUUUUAGGAAGCAUGAUUUUUUUUUCUAUCAUCUCCUCCUCCAAGCAUGUUUAAUUGAAGAAAGAAUUAAUAUCUCUUUAGAUAAGCUUUUACUGACUUAAUUUGGUUAUGAUAUUUCAAAGCUAAUUCAUGUUCAAGGUGAGCUGUUGUUACCUACCAACAGAUUUCCUGGUCGGGUAUGCAAAUGGUUAUUUUCUUUUUACUGUUGUUAAUUGGGACUUUCUGUUUAUGAGAAGCAUUAUUCCCAAGAUUAAUAGUGUUCCAUGCACAGUGAAGCACCUAAGCACUGCUUGAUGUUAUAAAUUUAAAACACAGAAGUGAAAGUUUAGCUAUGGUUUUGUGCGGCACCACAGUUAUGUCAAUAAAAUUUAUUUAGGUCAUAGACUAUCCUAAAGUAUCACAUAGUUAAAUUUUUCAGUCAAUGAAGACUGGGAGGGAAUGUCAGUGAAUUGGCUUGAAUGUUCUGUGGCGAUCCACAGUCCUAGCCAAAUGUUGAAAUAGAAGUUUAGGAUAUAAUUUGCCUUGUGAUGUUUGGCAGUCGUUGUUUAUACUUUAAAGGUUAUAUUUUAAGCUAUUUGGGAUUUGCUGUUGGGAGGAUCACUAGAUUCAUGGAGGAAUUAGUCACAAAUGACUUGUAGAAAAUGCUGUCAUAUAGUUCAUUUCAUCAUUUUCUGUUGCAGGAAGCCACUCCACCACAGAAUGCUAAUAUGCCAGUGGUACCCAGUACCUCUUGUAUAUAGGUUAUUGCAAAUAUUGUUCUGAAAUGCUUAACUUCAGAAUUACAUUUUUUAAAGUAAAUAAUUGUUUUAAAUCUAUUUUGUAAAGAUAUAAAGUACAAUAGAAUUUCUGGAGUACAGAUUAAACUAUUUGCACUAACACACGUGAUGUGCAUGAUUUAAUAAAAUAACUUUACUCUCCCUA